CACACCAAUUAUUAAACACUAAACGAUAAUUAAAUUAAAUUUAAUUAAUCCCUCCGCCGACCGAUAUGAUGAACAGAUCACUAUCAUCCCCAACCGCCGCCUUAGCUCCGCCGCAGAAUGGAAGGGCUCAGCCGCUGGCAAGGCGGACCCCGCAGCUGUUCUCCGCCUCCGAUGACCAUAACAUGGUCAAGAAAAUCCAAGACACUCAUACCCCCGACGGCCGUGACGUCGAUGCAAACGUCAUCCUCCAAGUCAUCCAGGAGAUCUUUCAGCAAGCUAAUUACCCUGGGGUUGUUGAGAGCACUAAUAAUAUGGCUACUAGCAUUGCCAAGUUAGAGGAGAAAGCUACAAUGGCUGUUGAUGGCAUUCUUGAAGGACUCUCAUUCAUCACCCACAAAGUCUCUUGCGAGCUGCAAUGUCGAUGCUCCGGUGGCGGGGACACCAACGCCGCGACGAUGGCGAUACUGAACAUGCUAUCCAACUACCAAUGGGACGCAAAAGUGGUGUUGACCUUGGCGGCAUUCGCCAUCGCCUACGGCGAGUUCUGGCUGGUGGCUCAGCUCUUGGCCACCAACCCACUCGCCAAGUCGGUGGCGAUACUGAAACAGGUGCCAGACAUCGUGGAGCACGCGUUGCCCCUGAAGUCUCGCUUCGACGCCGUCAACAACGUCAUCAGGGCAGUGGUGGAGGUCACCCGGCGCAUCAUGGAGUUCAAGAGGCUCCCGGCGAAUUACAUUUCCGAUGACCAGCCGCCCCUCUCCGUCGCCAUAACCCACAUCCCCACGGCGGUGUAUUGGACCAUCAAGAGCAUCGUCGCUUGCUCCGCUCAGCUCACGAGUCUUCUUGGCAUCAACUAUGAGAGCUUGCUAGCAACGACAAUGGAGACAUGGGAAAUCACAAGUACCACUCACAAGCUGGUCCAUAUUAGUGACCAUCUCAAGGAACAGUUGCAAAUUUGCAAUCAACAUAUUGAGGAGAAAAUGCACAUAGAGUAUUACAGGAUGGUUGUGCAUCUCUUUGAGAUAAGCCAUUUUGACAAUAUGAAGAUUAUCAAAGCCUUGAUCUACAACAAAGAUGACAUCCUUCCUCUUGAAGUUGGAACCACUCACACUAGGGCAAGCAUUGAAGUGCUUAGAAGGAAGACAGUGUUGCUUUUACUGAGUGACCUGGACAUCUCCGACGAGGAGCUGUCGGUGCUAUCAAACAUAUACGAGGAGUCGAGGACGAAGCCCGAGCUCCAGUACGAGAUCGUGUGGCUUCCCAUUCUCGAGAGGCCAACGACGACGCCGAUGGGAUGGAACACGGAGAUGGACGCGAAGUUCAAGGAGCGCCAAGCCAUGAUGCCGUGGUACACCCUGCACCACCCCUCUCUCCUAGAGCCCGCCGUGCUCAAAUUCGUCAAGGAGAAAUGGCACUUCACCAAGAAGAUGAUGUUGGUGGCAUUGGAUCCACACCAAGGCAAGGUUGCAUCCCUCAAUGCUCUCCACAUGGUUUGGAUAUGGGGGAACUUGGCAUAUCCUUUCACCAUUGCCAAAGAGGAAAGCUUGUGGAGCAUGGAGCCUUCUUGGAACAUUGAACUUAUUGUAGAUGGAAUUGACCAAAACAUCAUUGAAUGGUCUGAGCAGGGGAAAUACAUUUGUCUCUACGGAGGAGAAAACAUAGAGUGGAUCAAAUCCUUCACGAGUCUAGUGAAGAGCGUGGCGGAGCGAGCGGGGAUCGAGCUCCACAUGGUGUACGUGGGGAAGAGCAACAACCGGGAGCGGGUGCGGAAGAUAAACGACACGAUAACGAAAGAAGGGCUGAGCCAUUGCUGGAACGACUGGAACUUGGUGUGGUACUUCUGGGCCCGCAUCAACAGCAUGCUGUACUCCAAGCUGCUCCUCGGGCGAAAGCACAGGGACGACAAGGUCAUGGACGAGGUCCUGACCCUGCUGGGGUUCGACGGGAGCGAGGAGGGGUGGGCCAUCAUAAGCCGAGGCUCGUUCGAGAUGGCCCGCGCAAAGAGCGACGUUCUCCUGAACACGCUCGGGAGCUUCGAGGAGUGGGAGGGUGACGCCAGGGCGCAGGGGUUCGUCCCGGCGCUCAUCGCCUACUUCCUCAGGCUCCGGACCCCGCACCACUGCAACCGCGUCAUCCUCCCCGGGGUAGGGGGGGACGUCCCGGAGGUGAUCGUCUGCUCGGAGUGCGGCCGCCAGAUGGAGAAGUUCUUCAUGUACCGUUGCUGCGCCGAUUGAGAUUUGACGCCAAGCAUGUUUGUUUAAUUUGUUGUCUAUCAAGUUUGUUUGUAUUUUAAUUUCCUUAAGGUAGUGUUUGGCAACUAGCAUUUCAUUUCAAUUCAUGCAUUUCAAAUCCAAAAUUUGAAAUCCUGAAUUUCAAAUGACAAGGGGAGGUGCAUGGAUUUCAAAUUAAGCUUGGUUUUGAAUGUAAAGAAUUUGAUUCAAAUCCAAAUUCAAAAUGCUUAAGUUUCCCAAACAUGGAAUUUAAGUCAAAUCCGGAUUUGAAAUCCAAAUCCAUGUUCCCAAACAUACCAUAAGGUUGUCUUGUUUUAAAAGGUGAAGUAUAUAUAAAAAUAAGGUGUGGGGGUUGUGUUUCUUUAAUUAUUNUUGAGAUUUGACGCCAAGCAUGUUUGUUUAAUUUGUUGUCUAUCAAGUUUGUUUGUAUUUUAAUUUCCUUAAGGGGAGGUGCAUGGAUUUCAAAUUAAGCUUGGUUUUGAAUGUAAAGAAUUUGAUUCAAAUCCAAAUUCAAAAUGCUUAAGUUUCCCAAACAUGGAAUUUAAGUCAAAUCCGGAUUUGAAAUCCAAAUCCAUGUUCCCAAACAUACCAUAAGGUUGUCUUGUUUUAAAAGGUGAAGUAUAUAUAAAAAUAAGGUGUGGGGGUUGUGUUUCUUUAAUUAUUUGUCUUUGGUUUUGUACUGUCAAAUAAAUACAUGUGGGAGGGUGUUACGAAUGAAUGUUGUGUUCUGUA